GAAGCGGAAGUGGGCGGUGCUCCAGCCGACCGGGCUAUGGCAGCUGCUUGACUGGGGACAGGUUUUCUUUUCCCGGGAACCCCUAGGCCUUCUGGUGACAGCCACCGCCGUCGCCAAAGAGCGUGGGUUCCAGACCCCAGACGGCUGUGGCGGACAGGGGGUUUCCAGGUCCUUCUGGAAGCUGUCCGGCGAGAUCGGACGGUGAGCCUGAGGGGGGAGAGCCUGAGACAUUUUGGGAUCUGUGGGCCGAGUGCAGGCGGCGAGAGAGGGACCCACGAGACCCCGAGAGGCCGCCGCCGCGGGGCCUACGUUCCUGGCCGCUGAGUGGAGGCAGUGGCCCGCCCCGCCCGCCAGUUUACAGAUAUGAUCCAGACCUGUAUGUGAAGUACUUUGGUUAGUCAGAGUGAACAUUGAAUAAUGAGUGGUGCAGCUUUGGGACUCGAGAUUGUUUUUGUCUUUUUUCUGGCAUUAUUCUUGCUACAUCGAUAUGGAGACUUUAAGAAACAGCAUAGACUUGUAAUUGUGGGAACACUGCUAGCUUGGUACCUCUGCUUUCUCAUUGUCUUCAUACUGCCUCUGGAUGUUAGUACGACAAUAUACAACAGGUGUAAACAUGCUGCUGCAAACUCAAGCCCUCCUGAAAGUAGCAAUGUUACAGGAUUGUAUGCUGCUGCCACCCCGGUUCCAAGCCAGCGUCCGUGUUUCAAGCCAUGGAGUUACAUUCCUGAUGGAAUCAUGCCAAUUUUUUGGAGGGUAGUAUAUUGGACAUCACAGUUUUUAACAUGGAUUCUGUUACCUUUUAUGCAGUCAUAUGCAAGAUCAGGAGGGUUUUCUAUCACUGGAAAGAUCAAAACUGCACUGAUUGAGAAUGCAAUCUAUUAUGGCACCUACUUGCUGAUUUUUGGAGCAUUUUUAAUUUAUGUAGCUGUAAACCCACACUUGCACUUAGAAUGGAACCAGCUUCAGACAAUUGGGAUAGCUGCCGCAAAUACCUGGGGUCUGUUUCUGCUUGUGUUGUUGUUGGGGUAUGGCUUGGUAGAAAUUCCUCGGUCAUACUGGAAUGGAGCAAAAAGAGGUUAUCUACUAAUGAAAACUUAUUUUAAGGCAGCUAAAUUGAUGACAGAGAAAGCAGAUGCAGAAGAGACUUUAGAAGAUGUCAUGGAGGAGGUUCGUAAAGUAAAUGAGAGCAUCAAGUAUAACCACCCACUGAGAAAAUGUGUUGACACAAUACUUAAAAAGUGCCCUGUAGAGUAUCAGGAAAAAAUGGGUAGGAACAUGGAUGAUUAUGAAGAUUUUGAUGAAAAGCAUAAUACCUAUCCAAGUGAAAAAAGUCUGGUAAAACUACAUAAACAGGUGAUUUAUUCAGUUCAGAGACAUCGUCGAACUCAAGUACAAUGGCAAAUUCUUUUGGAACAAGCGUUUUAUCUAGAAGAUGUUGCAAAAAAUGAAACUAGUGCUACUUGUCAGUUUGUUCAUACCUUUCAAUCACCAGAGCCAGAAAAUAGAUUUAUUCAAUAUCUUUAUAAUCCUACAGUUGAGUGGUACUGGGAAUGUCUUUUGCGACCGUGGUUUUAUAGGAUACUUGCUGUGGUAUUGUCCAUCUUCUCCGUGAUUGUUGUGUGGUCAGAGUGCACAUUCUUUAGCACGACACCUGUCUUAUCCCUCUUUGCAGUCUUCAUACAGCUGGCUGAAAAAACAUACAACUAUAUUUAUAUAGAGAUUGCUUGCUUCCUUUCCAUCUUCUUCCUGAGCAUCUGUGUUUAUUCUACUGUGUUCAGGAUUCGUGUAUUUAACUAUUAUUACUUGGCUUCACAUCACCAGACUGAUGCUUACAGCCUUCUUUUCAGUGGCAUGUUAUUUUGCCGUUUGACUCCUCCUUUAUGUCUUAAUUUCUUGGGACUGACCCAUAUGGAUUCAUCCAUCUCUCACAAGAAUACACAGCCAACUGCUUAUACGUCUAUUAUGGGUUCCAUGAAAGUUUUAUCCUUUAUUGCAGAUGGGUUCUAUAUAUAUUAUCCUAUGUUGGUGGUAAUUCUCUGCAUUGCUACUUAUUUUAGCUUGGGAACUCGUUGUUUGAAUCUACUUGGUUUCCAGCAGUUCAUGGGAGAUAAUGAUAUGACAUCAGACUUAGUUGAUGAAGGAAAAGAAUUAAUCAGACGAGAGAAGAGAAAAAGGCAACGGCAAGAAGAAGGUGAAAAUCGAAGAAGAGAAUGGAAAGAACGUUAUGGUCACAGUAGAGAAGAUUCCACUAGAAACAGGAAUGUUCAUGUUGACCCAAAAGAAUCAAACUUCUCAGAUAUUAGUACCAACAGAUCAGCAUCCAAAUAUACUAGGGCUAAUAAUAGGACUGAAAGGGACCGAAUAGAACUUCUCCAAGAUGCAGAACCUUUGGAUUUUAAUGCAGAAACAUUCACUGAUGAUCCUCUUGAAUCUGAAUCAGAAAGAUCAUUUCUUUAUCCAACUUGCAGGUAUCAACCUGAUGGACGAUACCUUUCAAUGUCUCGCACCAGAAUAUUUGAUGAUGUUUAAAGUCUGUAAGAAUUUAUGGAAUAAUAACCAAGAUCAACACAUAAGUUCAGUCUUUAAGAACAUCUGUAUGCCCUAAAAUUUACACUGAACUCUCAAUGAAAAGUGUCAGGGUAAAAAAAAGGCACUAAAAAUUAAUUAUAUCUUAGUAAUAAUGGUUUUUGUUCAUCGAAUAGAAUAUCAUCUUUUCUAAUAGGAUUUAUCACAUACCAUUCCUGAAAUGUCUGCCUUAGAAGUACAGUUACAGGGGAAGGUUUUAUUUCAUGAUAAAGAUCAGUUGAAAACAUGAAGUUCAGUUUGUUUCAGAUUGGUUUUUCUUUCAGGAAAACAGUUUUAAAGGUCCAAGCAAGCCAUAAGAUAUAAAUGAAUAAUAUUAUGCAGUUUCAUUAUUGUGAUCUACAUUCUUGCUGUUUCUAAACAAUAUGUUGAUCCUUUAUUUCCCAAAGAGAUCGAGACCUCUAAUAAGAAGCAUAUUUACAAAACCCAUGUCUUAAAACAAGGCUUAUUUAUCAGAUAUAACUGAAUGUAGAAAGCUUUUUCAACUCUGUAUGCAAAUUAGUGAGGUUUUUGCAUGUUUAAUUAAGAUUAUACUUCAUCUGAUGUUUCUUCAGCAUGUAUACUAUAAUCAGGUGAUGAAUUAUUCUUUCAGUCUUUUGUGGAAACUGGAAAUUGUCUUAAUGCUUUUGGUAUUGCUUUGUAAAACAUUUUGACUUCGGAGAGAAGUGUUCAUCUUUACCAUUUAGUAUAUUGAUUUAAGUGUUGAUCAUUCCAUUCAAGGAGAAUCAUAAUUAUAAAUGGUAAAUAGGGUUGUUUUUUUUUUUAAUAGAGUCUCACAAAAUUCUCUACUUUCUAAAGGUGCCUGUUUAAUGCCUUUUGAAAAAGAACAUCUGGUUAUUCAAAUGUAAAAAAGUGAAUCCAUUUACUGUUAAAUUGUGGUUAAUAAUAAACUUAACCUUAUAAGCCA